UUGCAAACACGUUGAAUCUAGUUGUGGACAUCGGGGUUGAUAUCAUUAGAUGAUUAGUAUCAACUAAUAGUCUAGGUGUUCAAUUUGAUAUGUAGGAUAUUUUGAAUGAGGAUGCUUCAGCCUUUUAAUAAUUUAUUACAAUGCUACACAUAGGUAAGGUGGGGCAAGGUGAUGUUAUGAUGUUGUGCACUGUUGCUGUACUGUGGGGUUUUACAAAUCCACUAAUGAAGAAGUUUAGUGCUGGAUUGGAGAACAUUAAAUCUGCUGGUGCUGUCACACAGUUUCUGUGUGAAUUGCAUUUCUUAAUGUUUAAUUGGAAGUACAUGGUGUCAUUUCUGACCAACAUUGGUGGAUCUGUCCUCUACUACGUUUCAUUGUCUUCGGCUGAUGUCUCACUUGCAUCACCCAUCACAAAUGCCCUCACAUUCAUUGUGACUAUUGCAACCAGUCGUCAGCUAGGAGAAAACGUUGGAGGGACAAAGGUGUUCAUUGGAAUGCUUUUGGUUGUAAUUGGAGUCUUCCUCUGUGUCUUGGACAAGAGCUGACCACAGUUCUACCACGAUUACUUCAUGAUGAAAUUCUUGUGAAUACUGUCAUGAACACUAACUUGCAUAACUUUACAGGUGUUCAUAUAAUGUCAUGUUCACCUUGUAUAUUUUUUUACCUAAAUUAUUAAAGUGUGAGAUAUGUUUGGUUGUCAGCACAUACUGUGAUAAUACACAAUAAUAGUUCAGUUACGACAUGUUUGGUGCUACAUGUUGUAUAUUAUAUAGUCUUAUAUAGUUAUAUAGUUAUAUAGUUUUAUGGUUGGUCUGACUCACAGCAGCUAGAGAGAACACUUGAUAAAUCCUAUCGUUGGAAAGUGGCGCCACCUUUUGUCAGAAUUUAUAGAUAUCUGCAAUUAAGAUGUGCACGGCCAGAAUAAGCUAGUGCGUGGCUUGUAGCACAUAUUAUAAAGAAACCCUAAAUUAAAAAAAAAACAUGAAUUUAAGUUAAUCUAAAUAUAACCCAUUUUCUUAUAAGUUAGAUAGAUAAUAGAUUUAAUAGCAAUAGUUUUACUGCCAAAAACUAUGUCAGCACUCAUUAUUGUAUUAGGUUUACAUGUAUGUAUACAAAAAUAAAUGUUUAUAAAGCAAAAGAGUUUUACAAUUAGAUUAUUUCAUGAUACUACGGCGACCCUAAAACCACCUGGCCAGUAGCAAAUGCUACUUUUGCUACUAUUGUCAAUCCUGUUUUGUGUCUAUGUAAAGCUUAAAACUGAUUUGAAAAGUAAGAUGGAACCCGCUCACAGCUUGCACUGUUCAAGCAUUCAAGCAUUUCAAAUUAUGGUUGACUCUAUUCGGAAAGAAAACUCUAUUGUGUAUAUCUAUAUUGCAAUGUUUUUGUUUGUGUUCGUGUAUUGCCAUGUGUAUUUGUAACUAAAUAAUAUGGGAAAUGUGAAUAUUUCCAUAAUAAACAUGUUUUUGUCAUUGGAGGGUGUAACCAUAAUUGAACAAUGAAUAAUGUAGACUAAAUAAAACUGAAUGGAUUUUGAUUACAUCAAUAUAUGGACAAUUAUAUCUGGAAGUGUUAAUGGCAUUCAUUCCAUGGUUUGCGCGCACUCAUGGAAAUACGCGCACUUAUAGAAUAUAUGUUAAAUGCACUUCACCUGUAAUAAUUUAGUACGUACCAAGAUUUUGAAGCAAAUCCCGCGUCAAGUGAGUUUAGUUAUAGGUAUGCUAUGUAGGUUUGUUUAUCAGUAUACUUAUAUACAAUAGGUUCACAUACAGUUGUACUGUAAAUUAUUGUGAAUUAUAUAUUUGAUCUAAGUGUUAGAAUGCGGUUACUAAUGUCUCUGACAUCAAUAAAUGUUAAUUUGAAAAUAUCACUAUUUA